GAAGAGGGUUGAGGGCGGGGUGCGCACGGCGCUGCUCCUCUCCUGCGGGAAGGGGACGUUUGCCUCCAGUCUGUGUUGUACUCCCGCCGUCCUCCUUCACUCCCGAAAUCGUGGUCUUCCCGUGGGACUUGUAUAAGACAGUUAGUGGGGAGUCGUGAGGAGCUAUACUGUCCUGCCAGCAGUGUUGUCAUUGAGAGCACAUGAAUGUUUAUACAUUGAAGUAGACAAGUUCUUGUAGCCAAGAUAUCUACAUGCUACAGUCGUUGGUCCACGUUUGAUGUUGCCCACUUUCAUUUGGGAAUGGGAAAGAGAAGACUCUGCAAGGGCUUCAAAACUCUCUGUGUAGUGCCGGCUGGCGUGGUGUGGGUGCAGGCAGGGUAGUGGGAGCAGCAGCAACGGCAGCCACAACAGCAACGAGGAAACCACCGCCAUGAAUGGAUCAGUAGGAGAACGUGUUGCCAUUUUAGAUGCUGGGGCCCAGUACGGGAAAGUCAUUGACAGACGUGUCCGGGAACUUAAUGUUGAGACAGACAUCCUACCUCUCGACACUCCGGCAUAUACUCUUAAAGAAAAGGGAUAUAGAGCCAUAAUAAUAUCUGGCGGUCCAAGUUCAGUGUAUGCUGAAGAUGCUCCACGUUAUGACUCGGACAUUUUCAAAAUAAACGUACCUGUAUUAGGAAUUUGCUAUGGGAUGCAGCUUAUUAACAAGGAGUUUGGUGGAACAGUAUUAAGAAAAGCUACAAGAGAAGAUGGCCAGUAUACAGUCGAAGUUGAUAAUUUUUGUCAUAUAUUCAAGUAUUUGGGGGUGAAACAAAAUGUACUGCUCACUCAUGGAGAUAGCGUAGACAAGGUAGCCGACGGGUUCAAGGUAGUUGCCACGUCAGGGAACAUCAUCGCUGCCAUUGCAAAUGACAAGCUUCGCCUCUAUGGGGUUCAAUUUCAUCCGGAGGUUGAUCUCACCGAGCAGGGCGUGACGAUGAUGAGGAAUUUCCUGUAUGAAAUCAGUGGGCUCUCAGGAACAUACACACUCCAAAAUAGAGAACUUCAAUGUAUAAACCAUAUCAAAGAACAUGUAGGAUCUAAUAAAGUCUUGAUGUUGGUGAGUGGAGGCGUAGACUCCACAGUGUGUGCAGCUCUCCUACACAAAGCUCUGUCGGAGGAGCAGGUUAUAGCAGUUCACAUUGACAAUGGCUUCAUGAGGAAGAAUGAGUCUCUACAAGUGGAACAGUCACUCCGAAAACUUGGCCUUAAACUCAGGGUGAUCAAUGCAAGACAUCAGUUCUAUGAUGGAGUUACAAGCAUACCUGUCGACUGCACUGACCCCAUGGGUAGAAAGCGUGUUACCAACUUAUUAUGUAUGACGUAUUGUCCCGAAGAGAAGCGAAAAAUUAUUGGAGACACUUUUAUAAAGGUUGCCAAUGAGCUGAUGGCGGAAAUGAACCUGAGAACGGAGGAAGUAAUGUUGGGUCAGGGCACAUUGAGACCAGAUCUCAUUGAGUCCGCUUCUUCAAUGGUCUCUGGAAAUGCUCAGAACAUAAAAACGCACCACAAUGACACAGAUCUUGUUCGGGUCCUCAGGGUACAAGGCAGGGUAGUGGAACCACUAAAAGAUUUCCACAAAGAUGAGGUUCGGCACAUUGGUCGUGAUUUGGGACUGUUGGAAGAAUUCGUUCAGCGUCAUCCAUUCCCAGGUCCUGGCUUAGCUAUUAGAGUAUUAUGUGCUGAUGAAGCAUUCAUGGAGAGGGACUUCUCAGAAACUCAAGUUGUCCUUAAAGUUGUUGUUGAUUAUGCAGCCAGUGUACAAAAGAAACAUGCACUUUUAAACCGGAUAGAAAACUGUACAUCGGAAGAAGAACGGCACGAGCUACACCGAAUCUCUCUGAGUCAGACGUUAUAUGCUACUCUCCUACCUGUGAAGUCCGUCGGAGUUCAGGGAGACUGCCGAAGUUACAGCUAUGUAUCUGCCCUCUCCUGUGACUCAGAGCCUGUAUGGGAAGAUUUGGUCGUACUAGCACGUCUUAUACCCAAAAUCUGCCACAACAUCAAUCGAGUGUGCUUUGUAUUUGGUGGUGCUGUUAAAGAUCUCGUGCAAGACGUCACUCAGACUAAUUUAACCCCCGGCGUUCUUGCCACAUUAAGACAAGCAGACUUUCUCGCCAAUCAGGUACUGGCAGAGUCGGGAUUCACCGAGAAGUUGGCACAAAUGCCCAUAAUAUUAAUACCUGUACAUUUUGACCGAGACCCGGUGACACGUUUGCCUUCCUGCCAGCGGUCGGUGGUGCUGAGACCCUUCAUCACUCAUGACUUCAUGACUGGUAUACCUGCACUGCCAGGCAAACACAUCCCAGUAGAGCUUGUAAACAAGAUGGUAGCAGAAAUACUUGGGGUUCCAGGCUUAAGUCGUGUGCUCUACGACCUUACUUCCAAGCCACCAGGAACCACUGAAUGGGAGUGACAAAUUUAGCAUCAUAAUUAUCAGCCAUUAUUAAAUAGCUGAAGAUAAAGUUGACAGAGGACUUUGUCCAACCUGUUAAAAAUCCAUUGGUUGCCUUGGAAGAGUGGAAGAUUGGCAAGAGAGACCAAGGUGAAUUCAACCAUAACUCAGGUCAGGAUCAGAGCAAAUCCAGCAAACCUGACACAUCAAAGUGUGCAGGACAAGAUUUGAAUCUGCUCAGUAGUUGACUGCCACAAGUGAAAAGGUAGAGAGAACCAUAUUUUGUGUUUGGAGUUCAAAAUAAAUACCAGAAAACUAAUUUAUCCUUUAAUAAUUUUUCAGUGACCUAUAUUAGGGAUUUUCACCAUAAUGAGGACAGUGUAUGCCAUGGUCACACUGAACCCGAUCCCCAUUACUGCUUGUACUCGGACAAUCCUUCGUACGCUUCCGGGCAUAUUCCUUGUUUUUGCUCGGCCUUCAUUAUCUGCUAUUACUUAUUUAAAGCACAGUCUUAAUUUCUUGGCUAAUGAGUCAGUACUGGUGAACCUUGUGUUGUGUUGGGCCAGAAGUGACAACCAGAGAGAAAAGCCGAGGUGUGCCCUGAGCAGUACUGUCGGUAGACACUGGUAGCUCAACGUGGCUGUGAUGACGUGGCUGGUUGCUGUCAUGUGUGAAGCAGGUACUGGGGGAGCAGCAGUGAAUUAUUUAUUAAGUUGUGAGACAUGUCCAAAUUAAUAUUCCAGCCCGUUUAAUUUGCGUUGAUAUUAAUCUUCAUAGUGAUGGUAUUGUCAUGAAGUUUUGGCUGUUUCAGUGUCAUUGCAAGAUAUUUGAUAAAGUUGCAGUGGAAUGUAAUUAAACUAUAUAUACAGAGUAUACUGCAUAACAUGGGUGUUUUGGCUUCAUCCAUAACAAGAAAAAACAAGAUUUCUUGUCUCGACAGGAAUUUUGUUUCUUUUCGGUUAAAUAUAUAGGGAGAUUGAAAUCUAAAAAUUAAUAAUUUAGAUCAGAAAUUAUCUAUGCCUAUUGUUUAGAAUUCAUAAUUGUACAUUGUCUUUAGGAGGAUAUUUUAAUGAAGCCAAGGGGAUGGUGUACACUGAAAAGUAAUGCUCUCCGAGCUGUUGUGUAAAUUUCUUUUCUUUUCUUUUCUGAUAGUCAAAAUCCUAAGUUAUCCUGUGUGAGUGGGUGGGUGAAAGAUCUGCUAAUCAUAUCAAAUGAAAUAAAUCAGGUCAAACCUUACUAAAGUCAAUAUAUAAGUAUCAAGUGGGAUUUUUUUCUGUGGGGAGCCCUGUCUGCUCCCUGAAGGUAUCCAAACUGACAUGUGCCAUAUUAGUUUGGUGUCAUCAGUCCUGGGAGUUCUGUAUGCCCACCAGAGAUGAGAGCCAGAACCUGGUCCACUCAGAGAGGCACGGGGAGCAAGGGCCAUUAUGAGUGCACUACAUUUAGAGUACUGUAUGUCAUAUUUCUGAAUAAUACUCCAAACUUAAUGGUAUAUCUCCCAGUCUAGUACUCUUGACAUAAGGGUGUGGCACACAGUAAACCCCUCACGACAACGCACUGAAGAAAUGAAGUGUAGGAAGGAAGACUAGAAAAAUCGAGUUUACUCGAUAAUAGUCUACACAGGCAGUUGACAAAAUCUCUCUCGGAUUGUUAAAUGGCAACACUCCUGAAAUUAAUAUCACCUGGCAACUUUUCACCGUCGCCCAAAAUCGCCCGUAUACGGCUGUCUCGUAAACACUAAUAUCACUUAACAUAGAUAUAUUAUAAUGCCUUUUCAAUAGUUGUAGUCUUUAAACCACUGCCUAAUCCAUUCCAAGAUAUAAAUCACUGGUACCUCAUAAUUACUAUAAUACUGCUUAACUCCAAAGACAUAUCACAUGCAAUUCAUGGUUCACAUUAUUUAUGUACAACCUUUCCUAACACAAAGGGAAAAUGGGAAGGGGCAAAAUUAUCUACCUUAUUGACCGAUACUGCAGGUCGUAGAUUCAGCGUUGCACUGAGAGGCUCCUCGUAGAUUCAGCAUAGGGGCGUCAAGUGGCUCCUAGUAGAUCCAUGACAACCGAGGGCAUCCUUCCCAACCGUGAUGUCAGUUCACUCUCUCUUUGUCGGAUGCCGCUCCUACACCUGGCAUUCCUCCCCAGAUGACAGGUUGAGACUGCUGUUGCCUGGCUCACCCAGACUAACACACUUGAUGCACUGGUCCACUGCCUCACAUGCAGGCUCAUCCCAUGGGUAAACGAUUGUUGAAUUUCAGAAGACCAGGACUGCUACUGCUUCGGCUCCUCUAAGCUUCCAACCUGUGCAAUCCGCAGGAAUGUCCAACACACCUCCCAGUGCCGCUUCACCAAUUUACUCGGGGUCUCUGUCGGCACCGAGCCCUUGGUGUCGUACUCACACCAAAAAAGCUGCCACAAUACCCCCACAGGAGUCGACAGGUCUUCCUCUUCGUUGGUACACGUCGGCUGCCCAAAUUGCACCACUCUGGAGGCCUAUAUCUAUCGCAAGCAUCUGAUCGCUAGAUCGCACAUCUAUUCGGAUUCAAACCUGGUAGCACGUGAUCUCAAAUCUCUUGCUUCCUGCAGGGAGUGUCUGCUGUUGUGCCUACGUGAUGCCAUUGGUCUGCCCAGCCAAGCCCCUGUCGCCGACCAAUCACACCUCGGCUGACGCUGUACUCAGAAUGCACCAGAGGGCCUUGCCCUCAGCAGGAAUCCUCGCCUCGCUAUGCCAUAUUUAUAUGAAGGAGACGCCUGAUAGCCUCAUCCCAAAUAAAACUAAAAUCGGUAUUUCUCCCAAAUGCACCUCAUGCUUCCUCUCAAGUGUAAUAAAAACAAACUAAAAUACUACUAGUUAUGUACAAACAGGGAAUUAUGACACUUAUAUUCAGGAAUAGGGGAAUACAGGCUGGAAGUCUGUAACAGUGCUCACUCCAGCUCGUGCACGUGCCUAUAUGUACUCACCUAGUUGUGCUUGCGGGGUUGAGCUCUGGCUCUUUGGGCCUGUCUCUCAACUGUCAAACAACCUUCUUUUGUUUUUAACACGCUCACCCAGGAAGCAGCUGUCUAACUUCCUGGUACCUAUUUACUACUUGGUGAACAGGAACAUGAGGGUGAAAGAAACUGCCCAUUUGUUUCCACCUCCGCCGAGGAUUGAUCCGCGGACCGUAGGACUGCGAAUCCCGAACGCUAUACGCUCAGCCGUCGGGGCCUCCUAUGUGCUUACUCCAGCUCGUCCACAGCCUGUAUGUGCUCACUCCAGCACACACACGUGCCUGUUGUGACAGGUCUUGGCCCCCAACUAGGUAUUCUGACAGUCGCCAAUUUCCACUCGGGCGUACUCUGUCAUGAGAGGAGUCAAUGUCCCUCUAGAGCUAUCGACGGUGUCCGCCCUGGAGUUCUGCAGCACACACUACAGCUCCUCACUGAUGGGGGGCCUUACUCCCUCCCACUAGGUGCCACUUCACCUUUGGGAGUACCUCAGUCGACCUACAUAGCAGAGUUCACACUGAACCCAGCCUUGCACCCCAUAGAGAGUGAGGUAACUCACCCACUCCCUAGUUUCCUUGCUGGAGUGUCUGUGGACACGGAAACUCGAGGUUUACCCAGGUCAAGUUGCCCACCUAGUAGGUUAAUCACAAGGUUGCCAACUUGACUUGCCUUCCUCUAUGGUCAAGUAAUACUUCCAACACAGUGGUAUGUCACAGCUCUAUCUAGUGCUUCUUCAACAGUAGUGUGGUGCACAGUAAACUCCACGACAACACAAAAGCAAUGAGGAGGAAGGAAACCUGGUAAAAUUAUAAUUUGUUUACUAAUAAUAGGCUUCACUAUACUGGUCUGUAACAACCUCUUCAAAUCAGUUCGAUGGCAACACUUGCAAUUAGUCACAAUAUCUGGCAAAACUUCAAUGUUUCCAAAUCGACCGUUGUGAGGCUAUCUCUUAACCAAAACUUAUAUCAUGUGAAUAAAUAUAUUUUAUAAUGCCUCUUCAAUAGCAUGUAGCCUUCAAAUCACUAUUAAACCAACUCACGAAAACAUAAUCAAUAGUACACAAUAAUUAAUAAUAGUAAUACUGCUUUAUAUCCGGUGUCACUCCUCUCUGUUUCUGAUAAUCACCUUGCUUGUAUAUAACACCUUUCCUAACACAAGGGGGAAAAUGGGAGGGCAAUUUAACUACCUUAUAGAUCGUAGACUUGACAGGUCGUAGGCACGCAGGGUAGCUCUUUCUUCACAGCCACAACGUUGAGAUGUUGCCUUGUAGGUGAGCAACUCCUCAUUUGGCACGGACUGUUGCAUAUACUACUAGAGUAGUCCCUUGGUGCCGCUCGCUCCACGAAGUGUUCCUCGCUAGAUGUUAGGUGGAAACUGAUGUUGCCUGGCCUAUCAAGACUACUACACUCCCCAUACUGGUCCACCGCCUCUCACGUAGCUUUGUGGUGUGGAUUCUUCUCCCACGUAAGCGGUUGUUAGAUUGCCCCGGACCAGGACUGCUACCAAAUAUUUUCCACACAGCUUCACCGUCGUGCACGGCCUGCAGGUGGAGAGAGAACCCCCCUGCCUCUCAAAUUUACCGCAGGAGCGCUGUUGUCACCAAGGCUUAGGUCUCAUCUUCCACAAUCCAACUGUAUCUCGCACUCCCUUGGGAGUCGACAGGCUUCCCUCUUUGUUAGCACACGAUAGCUGAUAGAAUUUACCUUCUGGUAAAUUCUAUCAGCCUAUACUUCUGUAGAACGAGUAAUCAAUUGAGCGCACCUCUGCUCAGCAGGACCCAUGGUAGCGAGUGACUCAGAUCUCUCACCUUCUCUGCAGUGACGUCUGACGUCUUGCUAUGUCACACCCGGGGUGAGACUCCAUUGGUCAACCUGGCCAAGCCCCCGCCGCCGACCUAUUGCACCACACUUAUCACUGUACCCAGCAUGCACUGGGGUUUUGCUCAAAGUGGGAAAGUGCUCUCUUAGGAGCUGCUCUGGCAUUUGAUGAUGGAAUCAUCUCCAAGCCUCACCCGGAUUAAACUUAAAAUCGAUAUUUCUUCUAACUGCAACACCUUGCGUCCUUUCAAUUGUCACUAAAUCGACUAAAACCUCUUCUAGAUAAAUACAGAUAGGGCAGUAUGACUGAUAUGUGGGAAUAGGGGAAUACAGGCUGAACUCUGUAACACUGUAUGUGCUCACUCCAGCACGCACAUGUGUCUACUUGUAAAUGUGCGCAUGCCAGUAUGUACACACACUGCACGAAAAGACGUUACAAAUUUUCUAGUCAGAGGUCUAUCCUUUUUUCUUCUGUGGCUUGUACGUAAUUACCAGUAAUUGCUUUUGUUUUAUGCCGUGGUAAAGGUAUUCACUUACAUUUUAUUUGGUGUAAAGUAGUACUUUACAGUUUCACAAAUGCUUGCUGGAUUUGUAUGUAAAAUUGAUUUAAGAAAUAUUGUCAAAGUUUCCAGAGAACAUGUAUGUAUGAGCUCAAUAUGUAUCGCUUUCGCACUUCUUAUUCAAACACGUGCACGACUUAUUUCCAGUGCUGGAUAGUGGGCUGGAGAGUGGUUUAUUGAAGUGUGUGGCACAUUCCACGAAGAGUGCCUUGUGUAUCAAGAAACUUUCCACGAGUCAUGGGUUUGCCAGAAUUUGUAAUUUCAUAUUCUUUUUCCAUGCUUGAGGUGCCAAGUCCUGUAACAUGGUUUGUGUACAUGUACGUAAUACAGUGCUAAGGUGUUAACACAAUACCAUCAGCCAGAAGUGUUUGGUGACACCAUGUGUGUGUCCACUGCUGUGGCUCAUGGGGAAGGCAUCAUGCUUAGUCUCCUCAAACCUAGUGAGGUUACAUCCUAUUGUGGGAACCAUGAAGGGGGCAACAUCUCGAACACAGCCUUUGUUUGAAAACCUUAAGUUUGACCUUGUAUGUUGCUGCACAGACCUGCCACUUUCCAAAAUUAGGAAAGGCCUUAUUCAGUGCCUGUGCCAAAGUUCCCAGACCAUUAAAUCCAUUGAUCUCUAAUGGCAUAACCCCUCUCUCAUCAAAAAAUUAAAGUUUAAAAUUUAUUGCCCAUGUGUGUUAUUUGGGAAUUGUCUUCAUGACCUGCUGUAACUUUUGGUAUGAGUGUUAAUGUUAGUACAGUAUUGUCCUUAAAUUAGUAUUUUUUAAAAGCUGAAAGUGGAGUGUGUUUACUUCUGAGGUGUACAACACAUUGUUGGUGAUUGUUACACAUGACAAACCCUAACCGUACAGUGUAUGCCAUGCCCCUUGUUUACCACCAUUAUUUCUCCCUUGUGUUGUAUGGCUAAAUGCUUAUUAUAUAUCUUAAUUAGGUUAUACCCAAUUUAGCACAAUGUGAUUUUAUUAGUUAUUUUCAUCAGUGAAACCUUUUGUAUAUUCUGAAAUUAAUGAUUAUAUUUCCUGUUUAAAUGUAUUAAGUCCACAAAUGCUUUAAAGCAAUUAAAUGUUUGUGUCACUUGUUAAAGUUUUAUAAUUUUAUUUAUACUGUAUAUUUUUUGUUAAAUAAAAAUGUAAAACACAUUUUGUAUCGAUGCUGCAGAGAUACUCUUACAGAAUGAUAAUCCACUAUAUACAAUUUGGAAUUUCCUAAGCAUCUUCAAAUUACACAUUUGAUUUAUUGCUUAAAUUUUGUUUGUCAGGUUACUGGAUUACCAAAUUAACUGAUAUACAAAUUGAAAUAUAUGGUUCAAAAUGUUAAACUUGGCCCCCUAAGUGUACACUCUUGUUAGUUUGCUGCCAUAUGAUCUCAAGUACUUUGCCUGCCGCUUCAUUUUACAAGUGACCUUAUACUUCAAGUGUUGGGCAGUUAUUUCAGCCUGUGUGUAAUAUCUUGCAUGAUUCACUUUUGUGGAACAAACCAAUUGAAUAUUUUAAUUUGACAGUCAAGCAUGUAUUGGUAAUUUUGAAUCAUUAUGGUUUACUUUGGUAAAUUGUAUGAAUGUUACAUUGGUGAAUUACUUGUAGCACCUCCCCCAGGGUGACCAUCUGGAACCUGUUUCAGUUUGUAUUUAUUUGAUAAUAUUAUAAAACAUUUUAAAAAGGCUAUCA